AUGGCCAAGAUAGUCCCGCCUAUGAACUUUGGCCUCGUCGAAGAUGCAGGCUUCUACCGCUCAGCUCAGCCUUCCGAGCUCAACUUUUCUUUUCUUGAGAAGCUGAACCUCAGAACCAUCAUAUGGGUCGGUGCAGAGGAGCCCUCAGACAUCUUGCAAGUCGCCCGCCCGUCACAGGGGAUCAAGCUGUAUAACCUCGCUCCUCAGACUAACCACCUUCCCCCGCUCCCUCCUCCACCAGAACCCUUGAUCAUCCAAGCACUUUCCCUCUUGCUGCGUUCUUCUACAUUUCCCACGCUACUCUGUUGUAACAUGGGCCGACACCGAACGGGCACCGUGGUGGGGUGUUUCAGAAAGCUGCAAAGGUGGGCGUUGAGCAGUAUACUGGAAGAGUAUAGGCGGUACGCGGGCAUGAAGGUUCGAGUGCUCAAUGAGCAGUUCAUUGAGCUGUUCGAUACGGACCUGGUAUCAAUAACGGCAGAGCAAGCGACCGCUUGA